AUGGCGUCGCAGAUCACUCUCCAGGCCAACCUCGCGGCCGCGAAGGCCCAGGUCGCGCGCACGCGCCGCGCGACCGCUGCUCCCGCUUCGGCCCAGGUGCCCACGCAGGCCCGCAACGUCGCCGCGGCCGCUGCCGGGCGUGGCGCCGCCAAGGUGAACGCCGCGAGCGCCAUCGAGACCUCCGCCGCGACGGUCCAGGCGUCGGACUACGGCGUGCGCACCCUCGGCACGUGGCUCCUCGAGCAGGAGAAGCGCGGCCAGAUUGACUCGGAGAUGGCUAUCGUUCUGUCGUCCAUCUCGCUCGCGUGCAAGCAGAUCGCGACGCUGGUCAACCGCUCGGGCAUCUCGAACCUCACGGGCGUCGCGGGCGCCACGAACGUCCAGGGCGAGGACCAGAAGAAGCUCGACGUGAUCUCGAACGAGGUCUUCUCCAACUGCCUCCGCUCGUGCGGCAAGACGGGCGUGCUGGCCUCGGAGGAGGAGGACGAGCCCGUGUUCGUCGAGGAGACCACGUCCGGGAACUACGUCGUCGUCUUCGACCCGCUCGACGGCUCCUCGAACAUCGACGCCGGCAUCUCGGUUGGCACCAUCUUUGGCAUCUACGCGCCGCAGGACGGCUGCGAGGUCGACAUGAGCAUGGGCGCCGACGAGGUCGUCAAGCAGUGCGUCGUCAACGUCUGCCAGCCGGGCGAGAACCUCCUCUGCGCCGGGUACUGCCUGUACUCGUCCGCGUCCAUCAUGGUGCUCACCGUCGGCGACGGCGUGUACGGCUUCACGCUCGACCCCCUCGUCGGCGAGUUCGUGCUCACCCACGACCGCAUCCAGGUGCCGGAGGUGGGCAAGAUCUACGCGUUCAACGAGGGCAACAUGGACCUGUGGGACGAGAGCGUCCAGGAGUACAUCAAGAGCCUGAAGAAGCCCGACAACUGGGGGGGCAAGCCCUACUCGGCGCGUUACAUCGGGUCGCUCGUCGGGGACUUCCACCGCACGAUGCUGUACGGCGGCAUCUACGGGUACCCGGGCGACUCGAAGAACCCGAACGGCAAGCUGCGCCUGCUGUACGAGUGCGCGCCCAUGUCGUUCAUCGCCGAGCAGGCUGGCGGCGUGGGCAGCACCGGCAAGGUCCGCGUGCUCGACAUCGAGCCCGAGGCGGUGCACCAGCGCGUGCCGCUCUUCGUGGGCUCGAAGAAGGAGGUCGAGUACCUCGAGAGCUUCACGAAGUAA